AUGACGAUUGUCAUUGAUCAAGAAGGAAAUGAAAUCCAAAAGGAACUCGAGCGUCUCAUCUUCUCUGGAGAAGCUCAAAUCGAACGGAUAGAGCAGAUGGUCCAACUACAGAACUUCUUCUUUUUCAUUACUUCCAUGGUCGUGCCCCGUGGCACGGCAGCACCCGUACUAUUGAAAUGGUUCGUCAGUAGAGAUGUUCCCACUGGUGCCUCUUUUUCCAAUGGUACUAUAAUUCCUAUUCCUAUCCCUUUAUUCCCUUUUUUGGUCUAUCUACAUUCAAGGAAAUUCAUACGCUCCAUGGACAGAGCAAAAAGUGGAGUGUUGCACGCGAUAGGUCAGCGAAGCGUGAGCGGGCGCUCCGAAGUAAAGGCCAAACACUUCGGCCUAAGGGGAAUGAGCAACAAAAUGACAAGAUGAGGUGCCCCGGGCACCCCCAUAUAGAAAGAAGGGUCGAAGGUUUUGGGCCUGUAGCUUUCCCCGCCCCCCCCUCGUCGAGUGGUGCUUGUUUGGGGGGUGUGCCACCUGAAAUCGGGCUUGAAGCUCUCGCCUUACCAACGAGCCGACUGUUGAUGGCUGUUGGUCACGACUACUACAAAAAGUGAAGAUGAAUCUUUCUAUUUCACAUGGAGGAGUGUGCAUCUUUAUGUUGGGUGUUCUUCUGUCGUGCGACCCGAUGGCUUAUGUGCGACCUGUGGCCCACGCCUCCUAUUCUAUUUGUUCAGGGCGGGCGGCGUGAACUCUGAUUCGAUCCGGGUAUUCAAUCCCGCCGCUGAGAUGCUCAGUUGACUCCUUAACCUUGAUAGGAAGAUGGCUUAUUCCUAAAUUCGUGCAUAAGGGUAAGGAACUUUGGAUGAAUUAAUGCGAAUGGGUGUAAGCCUCGCAGCUCGGAAACACCCAGUGCUGACCACACUGAGAGACACGAAAGCGCAGGUAAUGCCAGUUGGCGAAGUGGCGUUAAGCAUCCCUAGCGGUACGCAAAGAGAGGUCGUGAUGAUAUCAUCUACGUCCGUACCGCUCCUCGUGGAGUAGAUCCCGCAUCCAACCAACCCUUUUUUUACCAGGGAACGGGAGAAUUCCCACUACCGCUGGCAGGCCAGCCGGGCCGUGAGCGCGGUGGGAACGGGCUUCCCAAAAAGCGAGCCCCGGCCCGGGUCAGCAUAGAAUGGGGGGGGGGGGACGGCCCUAAUGUUGUGUUGGCCGGGUUGCGGGCGGAUAAAAGCGGACGUGGGGACUCGGGUCGGGGCACAGCGUAACUAAGAGAGCCAUUCCAUUUAGUGCGAGACAGAAUGGGCGGGCACAAGCGGUCUGGUGUCCGAGCCGAUUGGUCA